AGCAACAUCAGCAUUCACUAUCACUACUGCGGAUGAGCGUCAUAACAGGUUCAGAGCUGAACUGCCAGCUUCGCCGGUGUCGCUUGUAUUCCUCGUAGCCAACCCAUAGACGACUUGGAUUGGGCUCGUGGUAGAUCGCCUAAUCUACCUGCCAACCAGCCAUGCGACCCCCGAGACUCUUCAUUCUCAUCUUCUUCUCGGCCGCCUGCCUUUUCCUCCUUUGCCGCGCGAUCACAUCUGCUGUCCACCCUGCGCCCAUCACAUCGUCGCCACGGUCACCCGACCACAAGUCAGCUUUUAGUUCCUUCUUUUCUUUCACAGCGCCGUUCACGCUCUUUCCGCCCAAUGCCAUUAUUACGAUAGCCGAUGAUAACAGCACCUCAUUUGCCGCUCGGCCGGCUGCGUUUGGCCCAGCUUUGCCGGCGAGGGGAUUGAACGGCCAGCUAUGGGUUGGAAGCGGUUUCUCGGAAGAAGUUUCGGCGGAUGGCGAGGGAGAGGGUGAACUGGGAUGCAGCGAUGUGCCUGGCUGGAAUGACGGCACCUCCAUAUCCCCAUUGAAACUCUCACUCAAGGAGGUUCAUGGCAAAUCUACGUCUACCAACACCGAAUCCCUCCCGUCUAAAAAGUGGAAGCGAGGCAUCUCCAGGACGCCAGCCGUUGACCGGACCGGUCUCUCCAAGACCGAGAUCAAAAGUACGCAGAAAAAGAUGGAUGAUGGCACCGAUGACUAUCUCCACCAGCAUCUGGAGAAGGCGCAAAGACCAACCAGCGAUUCAGCCGGGUCCUCUGUUUCUGGCCAUGCCGAUAUACAGUCCAUUCAAGAAGGUGCCGAGAUUGAGGGGAAAAUUGUUCUUUUGAGCCGAGGGGGCUGUGGCUUUCUCGAGAAGGUCAAAUGGGCGCAGCGCCGAGGCGCUGUCGCCUUAAUUGUCGGAGAUAAUAAGAGGGGUGGUCCCUUGAUUCAGAUGUAUGCGCAUGGUGAUACAUCCAAUGUCACUAUUCCGUCUAUAUUUACCUCGAGAACAACGGCUUAUCUACUCUCCUUGAUGAUGCAACCCGGAAGCUUUAUUGAGGAUAUUAUUGAUGAUAGUGGCAGACCUAUACAGAAGGUUCAGCAGUACGACAAAUCGAGUAGGAACAAGCGGGCGUCUUUAGCGAACUCUGCUGCUCAGAAUGCAAAGUCAGCGGCUACUUCACGGGGCGAAAAAGCAACCCAGCUAAGAGAGUCCCGGUCCGAGUCGUUAACAACAAGAUCAGGGUGGUUCUCGCGUUUCUUUGGCGGUUCAGCCCAAUCAAAAGCAUCGGCGGAGUCGGGUGGCUCCUCGAAAAGUAAUCAAGUGGAUUGGGUCUUAGUUGAAGAUUUCUCUGAUGAGAAAGAUAGGAGUAUCAAGAAGGGCUUAGACCAAGCUGCCAAGAACAAGGCAGGUGGUGGUGUGAUUCCAGAUUCCCGACAACCUUUAGAAGACAAUUUCCAAAUUGGUGUAGAAGAUUGGCGAGACCCUGAUCUAGUUGGAGCCGACAAAUCAGAAAGCUCAAUUCUGGACAACGGCAAAUCUUCCCCUUCCCAAGCACAGGCUAAGACGGGGCGUGUUCGUUUUGCGGAUAAACACGACGCUGACGGACCAGGCCAUAUAAGUAACAACCCCAGCAACGCCGACUACGCAACAACCCAUAUGCCUGCUAAAGGCAAGGACGCCAUAGGGCUUGGUAAAGGCAAGACUGUCACAACUGAAAACUCUGGUCUUAUAUCUAAGCUAUUUGGAGACGAUGGGACUGUGGAGGCUCAAAAUGAUGAGGAUGAAAGUCAGUUGAGCGAACCACCCUUCAUAGGCAGACCAGGUGGUAUUGGAGCGCUACCUCCUCCUUCAGAGCGUGAGGGGCUUUGGGUUGUCAUUACGCCUACGAGUGGAGCUAGCCCAUUCUUUGAUACUCUCCUGGUUUUAGUUAUCAGUCCUCUGAUCACACUUACUGUAGUAUAUGCAUUGUUAAUACUGCGUGCUCGUAUCCGACGGCGCAGAUGGCGGGCUCCCAAGUCUGUCGUUGAGCGCCUUCCUGUACGGACAUAUCAUACUGUGGCGUCCACUCCUAGUCGUUCUCCACGGUUGCCGUCUCCUCCAACGAGUUCAUCUCCAACAACACCUUUGCUUCAAGAUCAACAUAAUCCAUCCAGAUCACGACCCCGUUCUCGGACCACUACGGGCGUUCCCUCGGCUUGUGAUUUACUUGAUGUUAAUGCAGCAUUGUCACUGCCAGAGGCACCACGCGCAGAAGAAAAGCGUGCUAGGUCGAGUCAAUGGAAGAAGUAUAUGGGACGGCAAGUGGAAUGCGUGGUCUGUCUCGAAGAAUAUGUUGAUGGCGUGAGCCAAGUUAUGAGUCUACCUUGUGGACAUGAGUUCCAUGUAGACUGCAUAACACCAUGGCUCACGACUCGACGCCGAACAUGUCCGAUAUGCAAGGGAGAUGUUGUUCGAUCUCUUGCUCGGGGCUCACCAUCUAGUCCACGAUACGAGGCCUACCGGGAUGAUACGGACGAGGAGGAGACGCUGGUCCGCGAUGCUGGUCCUUCUACUAGUCGCUCACGGCUCGAUGAAGACACUGCCGAUUUGGAGCAAGGGAUACCCACCUUGCCCAGCAUGUCGCGACAACCGGGUAUGCUCAGCAUGCUCUCGAAUAGCAUAAGAGAUCGAUUCUUUCCUCAGCCAGGGCGGACUGCUAACAAUGUUGAGAACCGCGAUCGAUGACGGCGCGCUUAAAUACCACUUUUGCAUAACGUAUUCAUGAUUUUAAUGAUACAGUAAUGGCGUUGGGUGUUUUUAUCGCAAGACGGGGAGCUCUUACCGCUCUCGC